AUGGGUACCAUUGACGACGGCUUCGAGGCCUUAUUAGAGCCCUUCUACAACGGAAAGAGUCUUACAGAUCCUAUAUCAACCAGGGAAGAUAAAUACCAGUUAUUACCAGCAUUUCUCAAAGUCAAAGGUCUUGUCAAGCAGCACAUCGACUCUUACAACUUUUUUGUCGAGCAGGAGAUAAAAGACAUUGUCAAGGCCAACCGUUCUAUCCGCAGCGACCAAGAGAAGGACUUCUGGCUCGAGUUCACCGACAUCCGCGUCGGUACCCCCACCCGCAAUGACUACACCGAUUUCAAGGCCCGCGAUGAGGUCACCCCCAUGGAGUGCCGCCUCCGGGACAUGACAUACGCCGCACCCGUCGUUGUGGAUAUCACAUACUCGCGCGAUCGAAAGAGGAUUGUCCGGAAAGAUAUCCCACUCUGCCGGAUACCCGUCAUGCUCAAGAGCGCAAAGUGCUGCCUCAGCGGUGCGAACAACGCGCAAAUGGAAAUCAUGAACGAAUGCCCUCUUGACCCCGGCGGUUACUUCAUCAUCAACGGAACCGAGAAAGUCAUCCUCAUCCAGGAACAACUCAGCAAGAACCGUGUCAUUGUCGAAGCCGACGAGAAAACAGGCGGCGUCUCGGCCUCGGUCACAAGUUCAACCCACGAGCGCAAGUCUAAGACUUAUGUCAUUCUUAAGAAAGAUCGCAUAGUGCUCAACCACAACGUCCUCGUAGAGCCGAUUCCCAUCGUCAUCGUUCUCAAGGCUCUCGGCGGGCUCUCGGACUACGAAAUCAUGGAGGUUGUGGCGGGGGGAGAUGCGCGAUACCAGGACGAUUUCCUCAUCAACUUUGAAGAGGCAGCUAAGGCCGGUGUGUUCACGCAACAACAGGCCCUAGAAUACGUGGGCUCUAGGGUUAAGAUGGGAGGGCCCAAGAAGGGGCGAUCAAUGGCCGCACCGCGCCGAAGCCCGGUCGAGGAAGGGUUGGAUGCGUUGGCAAACAUCAUCAUUGCCCACGUUACCAUCAAAGAUCUCGACUUCUACCCGAAAUCAAUAUAUAUCUCCAUGAUGGUCCGCCGUGUCCUGAUGGCGGCUCACAACCCUAGACUCGUCGACGACCGCGACUUCGUCGGCAACAAGCGGUUGGAGUUGGCCGGGCAGCUACUAUCUCUGCUCUUUGAAGACAUGUUUAAGAUGUUUGUCGGUGGGUUGAAGGGAAACAUGGAGUACUUCUUCAAGAAACCCAAUCGGACCUCCGCCUACGACCCGGUAGGCCCCAUCAGCAGUCAGGGCCAAUACAUCACGCAAGGGUUGAACCGGGCCAUCCAAAGCGGCAACUGGAAUGUCAAGCGGUUUAAUAUGAACCGCGCGGGAGUCACGCACGUCCUGAGCAGGUUAAGCUACAUCGCCGCUCUGGGAAUGAUGACACGUAUCAGCAGUCAGUUCGAGAAGACGAGGAAAGUGAGCGGUCCUCGAGCCCUCCAACCGUCACAGUGGGGUAUGCUUUGCCCGUCCGACACUCCAGAAGGUGAAGCCUGCGGCCUGGUCAAGAAUCUAGCGCUCAUGACGCAUAUUACCACCAAUGCUGAGGAGGAGCCGGUCAAGAACUGGAUAUUCGGUCUGAUCCCCGGCGUCGAGCCUAUCCGAAUGUACACAGGCUCUGAGAUGCACAAACGGGGCUCUUAUAUGAUCCACCUCAACGGCACACCAUUCGCUAUCACUAAACAUCCGAAAGAGUUCGCAUCGCGGUUCAAGACGACGCGUCGCCGCGGCCACAUCUCUCCUUUUAUCGGAAUUCACAUAAACGAACAUUUCUCGGCAAUCCACAUCGCCACCGACGAAGGGCGCAUCUGCCGGCCCUACAUCAUCGUCAAGGACGGGAAGCCGAAGCUCAAGAAGGAGCACUUGAGGCUGUUGCAGUUGGGGAAAGCAACGUUUGACGACUUUCUGAAACGCAGUGUCAUUGAAUAUCUCGAUGUCAACGAGGAGAACGACGCAUUGAUUGCCAUCAGGGAGGACGAUGUCAACCAUUCGACGACCCACAUGGAGAUUGAGCCCUUCACCAUCCUCGGAGCGGUCGCCGGCCUUAUCCCAUUCCCCCACCAUAACCAGUCCCCGCGUAACACCUACCAAUGCGCUAUGGGUAAGCAAGCCAUAGGAGCCAUCGCAUAUAAUCAGUUCAACCGCAUCGAUACCCUUCUCUACACGCUCGUCUACCCCCAGCGCCCCAUGGUCAUCACCAAAACGAUCCAGCUUAUUCAUUACGACAAGCUCCCGGCCGGACAGAACGCCACUGUCGUCGUCAUGUCGUACUCGGGCUACGAUAUCGAAGACGCCCUCGUGCUAAACAAGGCGUCGUGCGACCGCGGUUUCGGGCGCUGCCAGGUGUUCCGCAAGUACACGGCCGAGCUGCAACAGUACCCGAACGGGCGGAAAGACAGGCUGGGAGGCAUCCAGAAAGACGAAGCGGGCAAUACCAUCGCCAAGCACGCCUGCCUAGAUAAGGACGGGCUUGCUGUCGUGGGCUACCGGGUGCACUCGGGCGAGACCAUGAUCAUGAAGGAGACGCCGAUCGACCAGACCUCGACUGGGAUUGGUAGCGACCGUGGGUCCGACGACUUCCGCCCGGCCGCCACCAACUACCGCAUUGCCGACCCGGCGUACAUCGACAAGGUGAUGAUCUCGAAUACGGAAAAGAACACGAGCAUCGUCAAGGUUCAAACCCGCCAGACCCGCCGGCCGGAGCUCGGCGACAAGUUCUCAUCUCGUCACGGCCAAAAGGGUGUCGUCGGCAUUAUUGCCGACCAGGAAGAUAUGCCCUUCUCCGACUCCGGCCUCGUCCCGGACAUUAUCAUGAACCCCCACGGUUUCCCGUCUCGCAUGACGGUCGGCAAGCUUUUCGAGUGCCUGACUGGGAAAGCCUCCGUCGUCGCCGGCGAGCGCGACUACGGCUUCGGUGACGCGUUCCGCUCACAUCCCGUUGAGGAGAUGGGCAAGGUUCUGGUCGAGCACGGGUUUUCAUGGGAAGGGAAGGACUAUUUUACCUCAGGUAUCACCGGAGAGCCACACGAGGCAUACCUGUUCAACGGGCCCAUCUACUAUCAGCGCCUGAAGCACAUGGUGCAGGACAAGAUGCACUCGCGGUCGCGCGGGCCCCGGGCUAUCCUCACGAGGCAACCGACCGAGGGUCGGUCGCGAGACGGUGGGCUGCGGUUGGGAGAAAUGGAGAGAGAUUGCCUCAUUGCCUACGGUGCGUCGCAGCUGCUGCUGGAGCGACUUAUGAUCAGCUCCGACGGCACGCAGGUCGACAUCUGCGAGCUAUGCGGUCUACUGGGGUACAAGGGGUUCUGCCAGACGUGUGGGAGCACGAGCCAGGUCACGCAGAUGACGAUGCCGUACGCGGCGAAGCUGCUGGUGCAGGAGCUCAUCAGUAUGAAUGUGGGUGUGAGGAUGCAGCUAGAGGAUAAGUUCCCUCAUCCAAGGUGA